AUGUCCGCCGGGAUCCUGAACACUGGUCGUAGCGGGUUCUGGACAAUGCCUUGGAUUAUCAUUUCGGCCAUCAUCAUGGUUGCCACCACCUUGGCUUUUGUCAUGAUACUUGCUCGCGCCACUCCUCGAUCGGAUCCAUCCGCCAACCGAACCCCUGGCUCUUCCCCUUUCAUCUUGCCGCUGAAAAUGCUGAACGGCAAGGCGAACGUGCCAUGCGGACAGUGCCCCGCGUGUGAAUUGGAGAGACUCCUGGAUGUUCUUGUUCGGAAACAAGAGGACGACGACGAUUUGACCUCCGAUGAUGAGGACGACGGCGAUUUAACCUCCGAUGAUGAGAAGAACUGUGUGGCCGACAACAGCGACGACGAGUCCGUGGAUGUGCACCAAAGACGCGCAGAGGAGCUCGUCAAAGGUAUCAGGCAGGGACACAGUCUCGUUUCCCCGAACGACAGCAACUUGGCGUCGGCCUCCUCUGAUAUCGGAAAGAGGACAACCAUUCAGGCGGCUACAGCCAAUCUCGAGCCGGGCACCCCCUGUCCAUCUCUUGCCGACGAGACCCCGGCGGGUCGAAGAAAGAUCCGGACCGGGCAGAGGACCAAAUCCCGCAACAAGGGCAAUGGCAUCCCCAGACAUAACCUGAGUGUCUCAUUUGCCAACUCGAGUUCCAAACGCCCCGCUGGACCCCAGAUCGGCAAAGUCGAAUUUGUAGGCGUUGCAGGAGAAGAACCGGAGCAAUACCACUACGAGUUGAAGGACUACGUCUGGUUGACCGUACGCGACGCCCUAGCAAUGGAGCUGAACACUUCCAACACGGUUGAAAGUCUGGCCGGACUCUUUGCCAGUAUAACUUCUACGCGCUGGAAAGAGGCCCUCAAGGAACCGAAUUCGGAGUUUUUUGCAACACUCUUGCCAUAUGAAAUGCCCGGCAGCCUCGGGAUCGCGUACUUCCUCGACGUCAAGUUCUGGAACGGCGAACUUGCGGUCAAGGCCAAGGUCUUCGGACAGGCGAGACCGUCGGAAUGUGACGAAGUCCUUCGAGAAACCGUUGUUCAGCAUAGCAAGAAUAUGGUGAGAUCUGCUCAGAAGAGUAUGAGACGAUUUGCUGGUAGGGCUGAAUAA